UUAUCUAACCAAAGAACAAAAACUUGAAGUGCAUGAGCUUUCAAACAUCUAUCUUCCUCAAUCUUCGAUGCCUCUAUCCUCAAUCCCUCUACAAUGUUAUUGAAACCCACCUUCAAUCUAUCCCUCAAAACCCUAAUCGCUUACAAACCCCCAUCUUUCUUCCUCAAUUGCCGUUCAUGCCGCACUCGUUCCUUAAAACCCUUAAACCCCAUCACCCAAUUCAUAUUUCCCAAACCCUCUCAACACUUUUGCACCGCCGCCGCCGCCUCCGCCGCCGAUGACGGAGCAACCCUGAUAAAAAAGCACCAAUCUUUCAUCACCAAUCGACACCCACAAUCCCAAAUGAGCCGCAACGCAGAGAAACGACGUCGUUAUGAAUCCCCAUCUGGUAAACUUCUGUUUUUAUUAGGUCUUUGUUCUAAAGAUAAUAAUCUUGAAGAAGCCCUUCGUCUAUACGACGACGCAUUGGUUAAUAAUGUUCCACUUAAUGUUGAGCAUUAUAAUAAGCUGUUGUAUUUGUGUUCUGCUAGUGAUUCUGAUUUAGGGUUGAAAAGGGGUUUUGAGAUUUACAAACAUAUGGAAAGUUGUAAAAAUAAUAAUGGAAUUAAAGUGAUUCCGAAUGAAGCAACAUUUACUACAAUGGCUAGAUUAGCAGCUGCGAAAGAAGACCCCGAAUUGGCAUUCGAUUUGGUUAAAAGAAUGAAAGAAGGAUGUGGGAUUUCGCCGAAACUGAGGUCUUACGUGCCGGCUUUACUCGGGUUUUGUAAAAAGGGGAUGGCGGAUAAAGCGUACGAGGUUGAUUGUUACAUGGUUGAGAACGGUGUUGCGGCGGAAGAGGCGGAGCUCGCGAUGUUGUUACGGGUUAGUUUUGAUUCGGGAAGGACGGAUAAAGUGUACGAGAUGUUGCAGAGGUUGCGGGCGAGUGUGCGGCAGGUUGGUGAGGAUACGGCGGGGUUGAUAGAGGAUUGGUUUAGGUCGGAUUGUGCGGCGGGUGACGGGGUGGUGGAUUGGGAUGUGGGGAAGGUUAAAGAGGCAGUGGUGAAAGGUGGUGGCGGGUGGCAUGGGCAAGGGUGGUUCGGGAAGGGGAGAUGGCAAGUGACGCGAACGGAAAUGGAUGAGACGGGUGUUUGUAAAGCGUGUGGUGAGAGGCUUGUUUGUGUUGAUAUUGAUCCGUUGGAAACCGAAAACUUUGCUAGCUCUUUAAGUACUUUGGCUUGCCAGAGGGAGACACGGGCUGAUUUUUUGCAGUUUCAGGAAUGGCUUCAAAAGCAUGGUCCAUUUGACGCAGUUGUGGAUGGUGCAAAUGUGGGUCAUAUCAAGCAGAAUUAUUUCUUAUUCAAUCAGCUUAAAUCUGCAGUGAACUUAGCACGUAAACUGAGUCCAUCAAAUAAAUUACCACUAGUAAUUCUGCAUAGUGGGCGCGUAAAAGGUCAACACAUCGGGAAUCCAAAGAAUAAAACCACAUUGCAGCAUUGGCAAGAAUCUGGGGCACUUUAUGUCACUCCACAAGGAUCAAAUGAUGAUUGGUAUUGGUUAUAUGCUGCUAUAAGUAGCAAGUGUUUGCUAGUGACAAAUGAUGAAAUGAGAGAUCACUUGUUUCAAUUGCUAGGCACAAGCUUUUUUCCAAGAUGGAAAGAAAAGCAUCAGGUUCGAUUGUCAGUUACAAGAGAAGGACUUAAAUUCCACAUGCCUCCACCAUAUUCCAUUGUUAUUCAGGAGUCGGAACAAGGCAGCUGGCACAUACCAACUGUGAUCGGAGAUGACUUUGAGACACGUAGGCAAUGGGUUUGCGCCAACCGGACCAAGCGUUAACUUCGCUAUAUUACGUCCUCCCAUCCGACCCCUCAAACCCGUUCUUUCAUUUUCACAGUAAAGAUAUCCUACAUGGAGAAGUCGGAAGAGAGAAAAAAUAUUGGUUUGAUUCAAAAUUUUUCAUUUAUGAUUUGUAUAACCUUUGUAGCUCAACAUAAAGCAUUUGGUUUCAUAUAUGAUUCAAAUGGGAAGAUAUCAAGUCAAAAUGUUUAAUAGGUCAAAUGAGUUUGACUAUUCUUUGUAUAAUGAUUCAUAUAUUCUCAGUUGGCUAAGUUCUAA